GGGUAUUUAAAGUUUCCGUUGUCAAAAAAGAGAACCAUGAAGAUGAAAACUCAUAUGACUUCGGCUUCAGGAGUUAUAUCUCUGCUGGACGAACCGGACGAACAACUGAAGGUAUUCGCCUUGGAAAAGCUAAACAAGAUCGUUGAUGUAUUUUGGGCUGAGAUUGCAGAAGCGGUCGUGAAAAUCGAGGUAUUGUACGAAAGUCAUGAUUUCCGUUGCCGUGAUCUGGCUGCUUUGGUUGCUUCUAAAGUUUAUUAUCAUCUCGGGGCUUAUGAAGAUUCACUUAAGUAUGCAUUGGGAGCUCUCAAUUUGUUUGAUGUUACUGAUACUUCUGAAUAUGUUUCCACAAUCAAAGCAAAAUGUAUGGACCAAUACACCAAAACGCAGGUUAUUAACGCCGAAACACAAGAAGAUGCCAAAAUGAUGGAUACUCGACUUGAAGCGAUAGUUAAUCGAAUGUUUCAGAGGUGUUUUGAGGAUAAACAAUAUAAACAAGUUGUGGGUAUUGCUUUGGAAACAAGAAGAAUUGAUAUGUUUGAAAAAGCAAUUUUGGAAUCGGAUGACCCUUCGGCAAUGUUGGCAUAUAGUUUAAAAGUUUGUUUAUCUCACAUAAUGAGUAGACAUUUUAGAAAUGAUGUACUACGUGUUCUUACUGAGCUUUACAUGCGUCUUAAGUCCCCAGAUUAUAUCAGUGUGUGUCAGUGUUAUAUUUUCUUGGAUGACCACCAAUCUGUUGCAAAUAUCCUAGAGAAAUUAAUUAAGGGAAACGAAGAAUCGCAACUGAAAGCCCUUCAAAUUGCAUUUGAUUUGUAUGAGAGUGCGACCCAACAAUUUCUACAGGAAGUGCAAAACUGGCUUCGGCAGGUGGCCCCAGCACCAUUACCGUCCAUGAAAACGGAAGAAGAAAAACAAGUUGCUCCCACUGUAGAAAACAAGGAAGAGAAGAUGGAAGUCGAUGAGGAAAAAACCGCAGAAGCGGCUGCACCGGCACCUGCAAGUCCAUCGCUAACUGAGGACCAGAAAGAUCUCCAGGAGAAAAUUGUCAAACUUUAUACUAUCCUUGGAGGAGAAAACACUAUAAAAUUGCACUUGGAUUUCCUUAUUAGGAACAAUAAAACUGAUUCAUUGAUUCUGAAGAAUACCAAAGAUGCUGUUCGUAACUCCUUGUGCCACUCAGCCACUGUUAUUGCCAAUUCUUUCAUGCAUUGUGGCACUACAUGCGAUCAGUUUCUUCGUGACAAUUUAGAAUGGUUGGCUCGUGCCACUAACUGGGCUAAAUUCACUGCUACUGCAAGUCUUGGUGUUAUUCAUAAAGGCCAUGAAAAGGAUGUCUUGAAUUUCAUGUCUACAUAUCUACCCAAAGACUCGAGUCCUGGAUCUACCUACUCAGAAGGCGGGGGUCUUUAUGCUCUUGGAUUAAUUCAUGCUAACCAUGGAGGUGAGAUUACAAAUUAUUUACUUGGUCAACUCAAAGAGGCCACAAAUGAAAUGGUGAGACACGGAGGUUGUCUUGGCUUGGGUCUCGCAGCGAUGGGUACUGCCCAGCAAGAUAUCUUUGAACAACUUCGCAUAAACCUGUACCAAGAUGAUGCAGUGACUGGUGAAGCAGCAGGACUUGCUAUGGGGUUAGUAAUGCUUGGAACUAAGAACGAUGCUGCUAUCCACGAUAUGCUUGUGUAUGCACAGGAUACCCAGCACGAGAAGAUUCUUCGUGGCUUGUCCGUUGGUAUCGCUCUUACCAUGUAUGGUCGUAUGGAAGAAGCUGAUGAACUAGUCAAAACUUUGUCUCAAGAUAAGGACCCCAUUCUUCGUUGGUCUGGCAUGUACACCCUUGCUAUGGCCUACUGUGGUUCUGGUAACAACCAAGCUAUCAGAAAAUUGCUCCACAUUGCCGUCAGUGAUGUCAAUGACGAUGUGAGACGUGUCGCUGUCACCUCGCUUGGAUUCCUUCUGUUCCGGACUCCUGAAAAAUGUCCACAAGUUGUCUCUUUACUAUCAGAAAGUUAUAAUCCUCAUGUUAGAUUUGGUGCUGCGAUGGCUUUGGGCAUUGCUUGUGCUGGAACCGGCCUAAAAGAAGCCCUGACCCUGUUGGAACCCAUGACUAACGAUCCUGUUAACUACGUACGACAAGGAGCUCUCAUCGCCUCAGCUCUCGUUCUCAUUCAACAAAAUGAAAUCACUUGUCCUAAAGUCACACACUUCCGUCAAUUAUAUACUAAAGUAAUUACUGACAAACAUGAUGAUGUUAUGGCAAAGUUUGGCGCUAUCUUAGCCCAAGGAAUACUAGAUGCUGGUGGUCGAAAUGUUACUAUUUCUCUUCAGUCUCGCACAGGUCAUACCAAUAUGGAAGCUGUCGUAGGAAUGUUGGUAUUUUGUCAGUACUGGUUUUGGUACCCCCUUACUCACUUUUUAUCCUUGGCAUUUAAGCCUACUUGUAUAAUCGGACUGAACAGCAAUUUACUAAUGCCAAAAGUACAGUUUCGUUCCAACGCAAAACCUUCCACGUUUGCAUACCCACCUCAUUUAGAAGAAAAAAAAGACAAAACUAAAGAAAAGGUUAAAACUGCUGUCCUCAGUAUUACGGCGAAACAAAAGAAAAAGGAAGCCGAAAAGAAAGAGAAAGAAGAGAAGAUGGAUGUGGAUGAAGAAGCUUCGGAUGAACCAGAAAAGAAGACUGCUAAAACAGAGAAAAAGGAAGAGAAAAAAGAAGUGGUUAAAGAUAAGAAAGAGGAAGGAAAAGAAGAGAAGAAAGAGGAGGAGAAAGAAAAGAAGCCAGAGGCAAACUUUGAGUUAUUAGACAACCCGGCUCGGGUUAUGCGGGCCCAGCUCCGAAUGAUCACCAUGCCAGAUGCCUCGAGAUACACGUCGGUGAAAGAUGUAACGAGCGGAGGACUCAUUAUGUUACACAAUCGCAAACCGGACGAUCUCGAAGACCUCGUAGAACCUAUCGCUGCAGGCGGUCCAAAAGUCGAAGAGGAAUCAGAACCAGAACCUCCUGAGCCGUUUGAAUGGACUGAAGAUUAAUAUCUUGUCAAAAUAAUUACUAACAAAAAGACAAAAAAAAAUGAAAAAAAAAAAAAAGAGCAAAUAAUAAUAAUAAUGACAUUU